AUAUGUUCAUGACACAAAUAUUUUGUAUUGAGCGGGAAUCGAACAUGCAACCUCUGUUAUAGCGUACCGAACUACCGGUACGCCACUACUCCAUAGGAGCAUUGUUUUCUCGGUACGUAACGUUUGCGAUGGGCCUAACCUUAUUGCUGAAUUAUCAAUAUUUUCCCUUUAAAUUUGGGGGCUCGCAGUAUGAGCUUCAUUCUGUAUUUCGAAGUGCUUCAGAAGGAGGAACUAGCUCCAGUGACGUCACAUCUUGAGUAAAUUGUGAGUGUUCAAUAUGUCUGACUCAGAGUUUGAAUCCACAUUCGGUGGGAGUUCCACCUCCAUCAUCGCUAACCCUCGUAAACAUACGAAGAAGAGGAAGACUGCGCCAACUUCAUCAAGAUCAGACUCUGAGUGUGAAACUGUGCAGCCAGCAGCGCUGAAAAAGAAACCUGUAGCUUCUAGACCUCGAGCUCCAACGAAGAGUUCUACGGAUCUGUUCGGGCUACUAUCCGACGAAGACGAAAGUGUCGCCAUCGAAAACUCUCAACGACUAAAAGUCGGUCGUCAGCAGCUGGACAGCAGCCUGACCUCGAAGGUGGCCAACGGUGUCGUGCGGCGAACGGUUCCGCUCGAGGGCGCUUAUUACGUGGAGGUGCGUGUUUACAACACCAGGGACGCGCUCAAGACGCCGCCCGCGGAUCGCUACAAGAAGACGCUGCACACGCUGAAGGUUCAGCUUAACACCGAAACAUCGCAGUGGCGGGAUCUUCAAAAAUUUAUGAAGACCACGAAGAAAUUGUUUGAAGACCGCGAGCCAAUAUUUUAUAAUAAUAAAAUAAACUUUAAAUCUUAGUUUUAAGUUAGUUAGUUCUAUUCUGAGAAUGAUUUAAAAUAAAUAGCAUCUAAUAUAUUUUUUGUUGCAUUUUCCUAUAGGCUUUUAAGUUUAGUCAUAUAUGAACAUCAAGAGUUAGACUCUCGUUAAUUUUCUGUUAAAUCUUAAACCUAAAUCUUCUUUUAGAAUUUAUAAGCCAUAGUUUGUUGUAUAAUUCAUAAAUUGUGUAAUUCCCGUUAACUGUACUACGUUAUUGUUUACUAGUAAAAUACCUAAAGACGUUAUUUCAGCUUAAAGUGUAUUGAUAACAUGCCUUUUUGUACUGCUUGUGGUACCCGCGUGGAAAAUACGCAUUGGAUAGGUCACUUGAGGAGUAAUGCGCACAAAAACAAAUGUGCGGUUCCGGUAGAAGACGGAGUACUUAAGGUAACCUCUGCAUUUAAAGGUCGUAUUGCAUCAUUUAGAAUUCCAGCAAAUGUGGAACACGAGUCAACUUUACCGGAUAUAUUUUUAAACAGUAAACGUGGAAAAUUAUGUAGUCUUAUCGAAAAGUCGUUAAAAAAAUACGUAAGUUUAAAGAUAAAUAUUGAGUAUUUUGCUAAUUUCAUUUUACUAAAAAAUGAUUCCCAAGACGUUAAAUCUUUUGCCACUAAGAAUAUAACAAUACAUCGUAACUUUAACUGGAACCAAAUAUUUGACUCUGUUGUUAAUAACUUGUGUAAAAAAGUUGAAGAAUUUCAGGACCGUGACAGUGGGUGGGCCUUUCUAAAUAACAUUUAUGUAGAGAUUAAUAUCAAUAAAUUCGAUCCUUUAAGUGGUUCAGGUUCUAGUUAUAUGGAUUUGCCAUUAUAUUUAAAAAAGAAAAAAGCAUGCAUCAAUAUCCAAAACAAAGAUAGCUUUUGUUUUUUAUGGAGCGUUGUCGCAGCCCUGUAUCCUGCAAAACGCAACGGAGAUCGUCCA